AUGCUGGACCCCCUGGGCGCCCCGCCCGCCUGGUUGCGGAACUUCAUCGAGCCCUACGCCCUGGCUUUGAACAGUCCAACCCUCACAGAGCAUAUUCACGAAGUGAUCGGCGCCUUCCUGUUCUAUCAGUUCAUCCACUCGGUGGUCUCGCCGUGGUUGUCGUCGAUCCUCUUUCCCCGCUCGUACCCGGCGCUUAAUGCCCGCACCAAGUUGAACUGGGAUAUUCAUGUUGUCUCAUUCAUUCAGAGUCUGUUGAUUAAUGCCGUGGCUUUGUGGGUUAUGUUCGUCGACGACGAGCGCCGGUCCAUGUCGGCCGGUGAGCGUGUCUUCGGAUAUACCGGCGGCUGUGGAUUGAUUCAGGCUCUGGCUGUUGGAUACUUUAUUUAUGACCUGAUUGUCAGCGCUCAGCAUCUUUCGAUGUUUGGUAUUGGGAUGCUGUUCCAUGCCGUCAGCGCGCUCUGGGUGUUCAGCCUUGGCUUUAGACCCUUUGUCAACUACUACGCUCCUGUCUUCAUUCUCUAUGAGCUCUCCAGCCCAUUCCUCAAUAUCCACUGGUUCCUCGACAAAGUCAACAUGACUGGCAGCCGCGCCCAGUGGUACAACGGCAUGGCGCUUCUCUCCGUCUUCUUCUGUUGCCGCCUGGUCUGGGGAACCUGGCAAUCUAUUGUCGUGUAUAAGGACAUGUGGUAUGCGCUCCAGCAGACCUGGUCCGCUUCCUCGGCAUCACCGCUCCAAGCACCCACGGAUAUCAACGCCAACGUCUUCACGCUUCGGGACGGCGCCAUGUGCGUGGACGAGACUUGUGCGCGUGCCAAUGCCGAAAUCUCUCGUUUCAAGGAUUUCACCGCUGGCGGCGUGCCGACCUGGUUGGUCUUGACUUAUGUCGUGUCUAACCUGAUCCUCAACUUCCUGAACUAUUUCUGGUUCUCGAAGAUGGUGGAUACCGUCCUCAAGCGCUUCCGUGGACCCCCUGCCGGUGCUGCAGAGGAGAAGAAGGUCGCCGAGAAGCCUGCGAAUCUCGAGGAUCUCGCGCGUGAGGUAGUCCUCGAGGCCGCUGCAAAGCUGGAAGAGGAAGAGGGUGCCGUCCUACGGGGCGAGCUGCCCCUGACAGCUGAGCAAAUCUCGUCAGCCAUUGAUGCGACUCUCCCGGAGGAGUUGCGCCGGCGUCGGGCUGAGUUGAUUGCUAAGAUACCCCUACAAGGGUCUUGA